CAAGAGGCCGUCUCUCGGGACAGCGACGUUGGCUGGGAAUGCUCCACAGUUCGUUCUUUCAGUUCCUUCAUCGGACCGCCCCCCUACUCUGCACCGACACCAGCAGUCGCCAGUCCAAUGUAAACACACUCAGGAGUACGAGAACAUUGUUCCCCGAGUUCUGCCUCUGACGACAUUACAACUUGUUCCACUUCCAGGAGCUCUGAGAUGAAUUCUUGAGUUUGUUGUCAAGUCUUCUGCUUGCGAUUGUGGCUUGGUUUAAAGUCUAAACAGCCAAAAGAAUCGUGUUCAGAACUAGUGUCGCGAUCCAGUGAACUUUCCUGUGUCCUCAGGUUCAACGGAAGUCUUGCUAAGUAGCGACAAUUGUUCUUUCACCUUGAUGAUUUCAAAUACAUUCAGUUCAAACAAUUCAUCUAUAUUUGACUUAUUCGUGGAUUUGAUCUUUAACCAAACAUUGGACAUUUCGGAUGAUACGCGUUACUGUUCAGUGUUUGACGUACUGGAGAAAAGUGACUUCGACUAAUGAAGCCUGAACAUCAUGGACCUGUCUGUGGACACCUCAUCAUUGAGGUUGAUGUCUGAUCUAAACAGAAAACGGUGUCGGCGCCCCAGCGGGUCGGGAACAUACUCUAUGGACGUGGACAGCAUGCAUUCUCUUGAGGCCUCUCUACCGACGCCUUCGCCUGAUGGCACGGCUCCAGCCGUGUUUGACAUUGUGAAAAAGUCCAGCUGGUCAGCAGUUGGACACGAAGUGAGCCGUAAACCCAAAGCCGUCGGACUGGCCGCGUCGCCUAUGUCCCCCAGUUCUCUUUCUCCGGCUAGUCCGUCUUCUCCUAUGACCAGCACGCAGAGGGUGGUCAUUUCUCCGGCCAGUGCAGACGAAUGUGAAGAAAGCUGCUUCAUAAACACUUCGGCAGGCUUUCAUUCUGCACGGGACAUGAGCCCCGAAGCCAGAGCGUCAUCUAGACUAGAUGACCAGGACUCGGACACGCAAAUGACUCUAUGUAACGUCCAGAGAGCGAGACAUGGCCGGUCAGGCUCCAACAGAUUGGACGCUGAAGUGCGCCAUUCCUCGGAACAUCUCGCCAGCGCUUCCGGUCAGACCUUCGCCAUGCAUCAGAACGAUGCUCAGAAAAACAGGCGCCUCUAUCCUUGUGAUAACUCCUCAGCCAGCUCGCCCUCCGUCUCGCCUCCAGGGUCUCCGUCCUCCUCACCUUCUCCUACAACGCCACACAACCACAUACACCACUACCACCAGCAACACCAUAAGCAGCACCAUCAUCCGCUGCAACCCGAAGCGGUCAUGACGACCUCCAAGUGCAAUGUACCCGGCACCCACUUUCUCCACGCAACUGCGAACGGCUCCCAUAGGGCAGCCCAGCUCUCCCCGAAGGCCUCGAACUUUAGCAUCGCAGCCAUCUUGGGUGGAAGCUGCAGCAGCAGCAGCAGCUCGAAGACCAGCCCGGCUUACUUCCCCUUGAUUAGAGACAUGCGAUGCCGUGAUCACAGGGAUGACAGUUCUACUGAAGAGCCCCCGACUCCGACUCCGUCCAUCACUCCAACUCCAAGUUCCACGUCUGCUGCAGGGGACUGCGAGGUGGACGUUGAAAUCGACGUCGGUAGCGACUCGACCAGCGUGACUUCAGGGAAGGAGGCCAGCAGGAUUAGCGAAGUCAAGGUGUCCUCGGACGGGGAGUCCAGGGACGAGGUGACCAAGAUCAAGUGCCGACUGGAAACUAAAGACCUCUGGGACAAGUUCCACGAGCUGGGAACCGAGAUGAUCAUCACGAAAACUGGCAGACGGAUGUUCCCUACAGUCAGAGUCUCUUUCACCGACCUUGACCCCAGCUCACGUUACUGCGUCCUGAUGGAUAUCGUUGCUGUGGACAGCAAACGGUAUCGAUACGCCUAUCACAGAUCCUCCUGGCUAGUGGCUGGCAAGGCUGACCCUCCUCUCCCCGCCCGACUUCACCUGCACCCGGACAGUCCAUUUACUGGUGAGCACUUGAUGAAGCAGACGGUCAGCUUUGAGAAAGUCAAGCUGACCAAUAACAUGCUGGACAAGAAUGGACAUAUCAUUUUGAAUUCCAUGCACAAGUACCAGCCUCGUGUUCAUCUCAUCCGGAAGCAGGAGCACACAAAGCUUCCCAUCACCUCCUUGGAUGACCAUGACGUCACCACUUUCGUGUUUCCGGAAACUGUCUUCAUCGCAGUGACCGCCUACCAGAACCAGCUGAUCACUAAGUUAAAAAUAGACAGCAACCCGUUCGCUAAAGGAUUCAGAGACUCCAGCCGCCUGACAGAAUUUGAUCGGGAGACUAUGGAAUCUCUGCUCCAUAACCACUCCUAUGCCAGGUCACCCCUCAGAGCUUUUUCAGAGGCAGAGUUUGAAGAAGCCAUCAAAAAUCGUGAUAACAAAGACCACGCUGCUGCCCUGAGUUUGCUGUACAGCUGGAGAAUGCAGUCGGCGUCUCUGUUGCCAGGGCAACCGCCCAUGCUCGGCCCGUCGCCCUACGCUGUUUAUGGGAAUUUUCUAUCCCACGCGUACCGAGGUGCGGACUCAGCCUCCAGCGCCGCGGCGGCAUCGGACAUGCGUGCCAGUACCGCCAUGAUGAAUGACGUAUUGUUGCGUAGCUCCUUCUACAAGCAGACGGUAACGUCGUCGAUUGCCGCGGCGUACCAGAGGGGGCUGUACCGGUACCACCCGUACUUGGCUCCUGACAGGGUAAGGUCGCCAGACACUUAGUCUCAGCUGACCAACCAAAGAAAAUGUUUCACAAAUAAAAAUGAAAGCACCCCGUGUCCGGCUUCUACGCACCACUAUCAAAGCUGAAAUUUGUACAAUGCUUCUGUUGUAGAUGUGAUAACAGAUCACCUACUACAAGAUGUGCAGAUGAAGAUUCCUGCAGACGUUGGCAUCACGUACUAAUGAAAAUCAAGUGUUUUCCAACGUCAGAGAACCAAAUGCUCAAUGGUCAACAAGCUAGUUCUCAAUUGAUGGGUAUGAAGCUUCAAAGACAAGUCUGUAAAUAACUUGACAUGAGCGCUGGACGGAACACAGCCUUCCUCCACUACUUAUGAGACUUUGGUUCAGAAAUAAUGGACGAGUGUCUAUAGAUAGCUUGUGUUCAUUCAAGAGGCGCUACUCUUUUAUUAAAGUCUGGACAUGAAUUACGGGAAAAUAGUCAUGUGGAACACUUUUUGUUCAUGUUCCCCGGCAUCCAGUGAAUAGCAAAUAGUCUAGAACUCUAUUUGAUGAGUUACUGUGACAUUAAAAGUGAUCUCUGAUGUUAAGAUAUAUCAAAAAGAGAUAUUGACUAAAGGUGUCAAAAGAUCACCAAGACUUUGGGUACAUUGACAUGUGAUGCUAUAAUUCAAUUCUACAUAUAGGACAAGGUCGUAUCUCUAAUAACCUUAUAACUUCAUUGAAUACGGAUGUACACAACAAAUUUACGGUCCUUGUAAUGUCUCAUUGCUUGAACAGACAUCUGUGCGGGACCUCGCAGAAGACCAAACUGAAGCAAGGUCUAAAAACAGACACUGUUAUAUAUAAAGAAAUAUCUUAUUUAUUGAACGGCCUCACUGUAAUGACGUCAUUGUAAAAAAAUAUUUUAUUUAAUGUUAGAGAGUAUUUGUUUACGUACAUCGGCACUUAUUUUUAAAUCAUUAUAUUUUUAAAAAAUGUAGUAGAUCUAGUUCUAGUUCUUGGAAUGUAUGUCACAGUGUGAGUAUGUGGUUUAGUUGAUCAACUUUAUAUGCUGUGUAUGUCUAGUUCUUGGAAUGUAUGUCACAGUGUGAGUAUGUGGUUUAGUUGAUCAACUUUAUAUGCUGUGUAUGUCUAGUUCUUGGAGUGUAUGUCACAGUGUGAGUAUGUGGUUUAGUUGAUCAACUUUAUAUGCUGUGUAUGUCUAGUUCUUGGAGUGUAUGUCACAGUGUGAGUAUGUGGUUUAGUUGAUCAACUUUAUAUGCUGUGUAUGUCUAGUUCUUGGAGUGUAUGUCACAGUGUGAGUAUGUGGUUUAGUUGAUCAACUUUAUAUGCUGUGUAUGUCUAGUUCUUGGAGUGUAUGUCACAGUGUGAGUAUGUGGUUUAGUUGAUCAACUUUAUAUGCUGUGUAUGUCUAGUUCUUGGAGUGUAUGUCACAGUGUGAGUAUGUGGUUUAGUUGAUCAACUUUAUAUGCUGUGUAUGUCUAGUUCUUGGAGUGUAUGUCACAGUGUGAGUAUGUGGUUUAGUUGAUCAACUUUAUAUGCUGUGUAUGUCUAGUUCUUGGAGUGUAUGUCACAGUGUGAGUAUGUGGUUUAGUUGAUCAACUUUAUAUGCUGUGUAUGUCUAGUUCUUGGAGUGUAUGUCACAGUGUGAGUAUGUGGUUUAGUUGAUCAACUUUAUAUGCUGUGUAUGUCUAGUUCUUGGAGUGUAUGUCACAGUGUGAGUAUGUGGUUUAGUUGAUCAACUUUAUAUGCUGUGUAUGUCUAGUUCUUGGAAUGUAUGUCACAGUGUGAGUAUGUGGUUUAGUUGAUCAACUUUAUAUGCUGUGUAUGUCUAGUUCUUGGAGUGUAUGUCACAGUGUGAGUAUGUGGUUUAGUUGGUCAACUUUAUAUGCUGUGUAUGUCUAGUUCUAAUCGUAAGAUUUCAUAUGUCUUAGCAAAUUGUUUCAAGAACAUAACUUUUAAAAGGCGGUGGAGACCUGUUUCUCUUAUUAUGACUGUGAUACCCAGAAAGCUAAUCAGAUCAUCUUGGGAUCGGUGUUCCGGUUCGAUACUAAGUCUGGUUAGAUGUCUUUUUGUUAACUGUAAUAGUACAGACAUUUUUUUCCCUUAAUGUAUAAGGAAUCCCCAUGAUUAUUUAGUAUUCAGUGAAACAUAAAAAUGAUAUUCAUCAUAAUACAUUAAAAAUACAUAUUUUCAGAAAUUUGUGAAGCAUAGUUGACUCGAAGAGUUUAAACAGUAUCUGGCAAUAAUUGAACAGGAAUUAUAGUUUUUCUUCCGAAACCAUUAUUGUGUGAUUUCCGACAUGUAAAUAAGUCAACUGAUAUAGUUUAUAACUAAUCGAAUGGAACAUACAGUCCGAAUGGAAAAGCCUCUAGCUUGAAUGUGAGCUAAAAACCAAAAUACAGCAAUUAAAUUGUUUGCAGGCACAAUGGUUGUUUUAAAUUGAAACAUACUUCUGUUUCCAAUAGCUCCUUAUAGUUAUGACAUUCACGACACACUGUGUAAUUGGUUAUGGAAUUCUUGAAAUAAAAAUAAAAAGGUCAAGACUAUGCUAAUUAGCUGAGAACUACUUUACAAGCCUUUUGAUUAGGAAGAUUGCCUCCCCCAAUUUGAAUCAGAGCUUGACUAUGGAGGUCGCAAUUAAAGAAGAAUAGACUAGAAGAAAAAACAAACAAGUCUGAACCUAGCAGACGUGACCCUUAGGCUUGUCCGGCCAACAGAAGUCAUCUCUCGUGUUUAUUCAGAGAGAGAGAGAGAGAGAGAGAGAGAGAGCAGAUCUGUUAUCUCGUCCAAUGUCUAUCUAUCUGACUGGGUGGAGAAUGUGUUUACAUCAUUAUUUGUACAUAAAGGUGUGUUUAUAUGUGUGUGCGUGAGUGCGAGGGUAAAUAAACGUAAAAAAAAUAGCGUGUGUGUAUGUGUUGUGUGUGUGUGUAUAUAUAUAUCAAGAUAUAUCUAUCUGUACUUAAUAAUAAAGUAUAAUGUUCUAGUAUUAUUUAGGCUUUUGACAAUGUGAGAACUAGUCUUGAUACCCCCCCCUUUUCAUGUUUUGUUUUCUCAUGCCCCCCUCUCCUCCUCGUACAUGUAGCGGUUCUCACACCAGUUUGUUUAGAAGUUGACAAAGAAAUCUUUUCAAUGUGAAAUAAAUGGUGUGUAGUUUACCACCGGCAUUAA